UUGUUAGUGUUAACUCACAAUCUUUCUAAAAUGUCUAAAAAUAAAUCGAAAACAAAAACGGGUGCUGUGUGGGAGGAUAGGGAAGUGCUUUUUGACCUGCCAUUUUCAUAUUUAAGACUACGUCCAGGUGAGAAGAUUUUCGACAGGAUUGAGCCCAUUGAAGACACGAGGGGAAACAGCGGUACCAAGGGGCGAAUGGUGAUCACUAAUCUCAGGAUUAUUUGGCAUUCACUGGCUUCGCCCAGGAUCAAUUUGUCUAUCGGCCUGAAUUGCGUCCUAUCCACUAACACCAAAAUCGUGAACUCUGGUCUUCGAGGCACCACCCAGGCACUUUACCUGCUAGCCGCCUUCAAAGACAGUCGAUAUGAGUUCGUCUUUACAAAUCUAUCUCCCAACUGCAUUCGGCAUUAUACUUCUGUUGUCGGCGUCCAUAGGGCAUACGGCGCUUCCAGACUAUACCGCGACCUGAAGUUGAGAGCAGCCGUAAUACAAAACAAACAACUGAAAGUGCUGCCUUUAGAAAAGAUAUGCCUCAAAGAACACAGUAUCUGGAACUUGUCGACAGACUCCGGCAACCUGGGGUGUAUGUUGAUGAGCAACGUGCGCGUGGUGUGGCAUGCGGAAGUUAACGACGCCUUCAAUGUGUCCAUGCCUUAUAUCACCAUCGAGAGUAUAUCCAUCCGCGACUCGAAGUUUGGCGAAGCCCUCGUCUUCGUAGUCCGCCAGAGUUCUGGAGGCUACGUGCUGGGCUUCAGAGCAGACCCCCCCGAGAGGCUACGACCACUUUUAGCCGAGCUACAGGCUUUACACCAGGCAUACAAUGAGAGACCAGUCUUUGGUGUCGAAAUGAACUGGGGCAAUGAGAUGACAAAACCAGUAACAGAUGAUAUCGAAGAGUUGGAGGAAAUCGGAGAGCCUCGCGGAGAAAUGGGACCGAAUCUAUACCUAGCAUCGCAAUUAGCACAAAAUAAAGCUGAAACUGAAAUACAGCCGGUCUACAGCCCAUAUUUGGGCCUAGCUAUUGAGCCUUUGAAAGAAGGAUUCACUUUGAAAAGCCUUUUUGAAGUUCAAACAACAUCCUGA